AUGACUAAGGAUUUCCAACGGAACCCGAAACGUCAGGACAAUAAAACUCUUGUUCCAGUGAUCUCUUCUUCCUCUUCGGAACUGCUUCCUGGAACUCGGAUAUUCUCCUCUAUUGGUCGUGCAUUCGUUCGACUGUCAACUUCCUCCAACCUAUUCUCACCAUCUCAGUACAGGAUAUACUACACCUCCAGCCUGGCGCCCCUCUUCUUCUCUUCCCACGCGGAACAGGGCUCGAAGAUCGCAGUGGUAGGCGUCUUCCCUAUUGACGUAAGCGAUAGAUCUGUCGUCAAAUCGAUGAAAGCUGCAGCCUUCAGGGCAAAUGAGCUGAGCAUCUGUAGUGGUCGCUAUCCGCUUCUGCUGACUCAUCGCGCCAAGUUUGCAGUCGCAGUGACUAUGUUGUGA